GCGUUUUGACGGUUGUGGAUGGUGUUUGUUUUUGAGUUUGAAAAGUUUGGAACCGGGAAAUCGUGUAUGCAUCAUUCCAUGGCGUCUGUAACCCACACAUAGCAUAACUAGCCGGUGUGUGUUGUACAUUUAAUGAUGAUGCUCAACUUUCUCCCCGUGAGGAAAUUCAAGCGCAACGGGAAAUACAUUUUAUUUGUGGCGGUGCUGAUGGUCGGUGCACUGGCGGUUUAUCUCACGAGUGUCUGGAGUAACACAUAUGUAACCCCCCGCAUUGAAAGUGUUGAUUGGGCAAAACAUGGUUUCCAGAGUGGGGCUCGAGAAGUUCACUUCUCUGAUGAUAAUCAUGUUUGGAAUUCAAAAUACAUUCCACAGAAAUGGAGGCCGGAGUAUAAAAGACUGGCUAAUCUGCACGUCUUUGAGGACUGGUGUGGCACAUCUAUAGCUCAGCUGAGGAAGAAUCUACAUUAUCCACUGUAUCCUCAUUCUCGUACCACUGUGAAAAAACUUGCUAUAUCGCCCAGAUGGACCAAUUAUGGACUCAGGAUAUUUGGCUACAUACAUCCGUAUACUGAUGGUGACUUUCUGUUUGCAGUGUCGUCUGAUGAUAACAGUGAGUUCUGGCUCAGUGACGAUGAGAAUCCAGGCAAUCUGAAACUUUGCGCUUAUGUUGGAAAGACGGGGAGAGAAUGGAGCGCCCCAGGCGAGUAUGGGAAGUACACCAGUCAGAUAUCAAAUCUAAUUCCUAUGCAGAGGAGCAAGAAAUAUUUCUUUGAGCUCAUCCAUAAACAAAACGAUCAAGGAACGGACCACGUCGAGGUUGCGUGGCAACUCAAAAAGCCUGGGAAUGCAUUUUCAAUCAUCGAUUCCAAGUACAUCUCCCUCUACACCAACGAGUCAUCGCUGAAGGCAGGAGAUGUCAAUCACAUUCCUCAGACCGCUGCCAGUCAUGUAGCUCCGCCCCAGAGCUCCUCUCAGACUCCGCCACAUGGAGCAGACAUGCUGAGGGCCGAUCCACGUGACUCAUUUCAUCAGGUUCCAUUACUGGACGGGACGCGUUUGCGUGGUGUUUUACCAGACUGUCUGUAUAACCCCAGCUACAUCAUAAAGGGCUAUCCUCUUCAGCGCUACCAGGGCCUGCAAUUUGUGCACCUCUCUUACGUGUAUCCUAAUGACUACACACGGCUCACACACAUGGAGAGCGAAAACAAAUGUUUCUACAGUGAGAUUGCUUACUACCUCGACAGAUACGGCUUCUCAAACUACCUCCAACUGGAUCUGCCAGAGAAUCGAGAGGUAUUCUCCAAGUUCAAAGGAGACCGCAUGCAAAGACAAGUGGUGAAGCGGGGCAGAAAUAAAGAUAAAGGAUUGCAGAAAGCUGAAAAGUAUAAUGAUGGGCAGAACAAGGUUCUGGCAGAUAACGCAAAUGAUUAUAAUGACUACACGCUAAAGAGACGCCGAAAACUGUUUUCUAUUCAUCAACAUGGGAGAGAACUAAACAGACUAGGGCCAUUAGAACACAACAACCUUCCCAAGGAACCACAAAAUCUGCCUGGGGAGCCGCAGAUCCACCCUGAAGAACUUCAGUACCAAACGUCACAAAAGAAACCAAGAAGAAAGAGAAGGAGACACCAUCAACAGAACCUCCAAGACCAACCUGCUGAGGUGAGGAACCAGGGCCAAGUUUUCAGGAGUUUUGAAAAAGACUCCAUGGUUGCACAUCCGAUUCAUCGAGAAGGCGUGGAGAAGAAAUCUGACAAGCAGAAUCCAGCAGGAGCUCUGGAAGUAGCCAACUGGAGGACAGAUUUGAAAGAGCAAGGAGUUGUCCAAAUGCCCAAUCAGGUUGGAGGAAUUAAGCUUCGCCCUCAACAAGCCCCAAAAAGCAAUAGUAAUGAUAGAGAUGCAAACCUUGUUGCAGUUAAAGACGGAGAUACUCCAGUGGACAACGGGAGAGAAGAACGUGAUGAUAAGUCUUUGAAAGCAGCCGUGUUGGAUGGCGUUCCAUUUACCAACUCUGCCAUGUUUGAUGAGGUCCAACGUGAACGUGGUGUCUUCGUGAAUCAUUCUUUUAAUAGGACCGUCUUUCUGGAAGAACAUGUAGAUCAGUUACCCAAGAAAGCUUUGGAUGAGGUAGAAGUGAAGAAGACCGUGUUGAAGAACAAGAAAGAUGGAUUAGAACCAUUGGAUGUGGGCAGAGUCAAAGCAGACUCAAUACAAAGGCCAAAAAAACAGUUGGGUAAUAGGACAGUGCUUCUAGGAGAACAAGAAGACCAGGUACCCAAGAAUGCAUUGGACAAGGUAGAAGUGAAGAAUGGCCAGGAUGAAGUGGCACCCUUCGAAGGGGAUGGAGUCCAAUCAGACCCAAUACAAUGGCCAAAAAUCCAGUUGGGUAAUAAGACCAUGUUUUUGGUAGAAGAGGACCAGAUAGAAGAAAAGAAGACCAUGUUGGAGAACGACCAGGAUGAGGUGGCACACUUGGAAGGUGACCGAGUGCAAGCAGACACAAUGAAGUGGCCUGCAGACCAAGUUUUGAAGAUCAAGGAAGCAGCUAAAUUGUACUCAGAAGAAGCAGCCAUUCAAGGUGGUGGUCUUGUCAUGCGAGGUAGAUCAAAACUGAAGCACUCUUGGUCUGAAAAUGACAGCAAUAAUACUGUCAAAGUCGACAAGUAUAAUAAUGUAGUGCAUCAUCUUGGAACCACCCAGAAACAAAACCACAACCUGCCCAAUGAGCGUAAGGGAUGGGUCACAGCUGGACCAGGUAUGGAAAAAUAUAACCAAUGGGGACAUGUUCAAGAUGUCAGACAGGAAAAAGAGAAGCACAUAAAGGAUGAAGCGAUACAUAUUGGAGAGGCUGAGGUUGGACAACAUGAUGGAGACCAUUGGGUGGGUAAUGGUUACUCCGAUGAAGAGGACUACGACUUCAUCGACAAAGCUGGGUUUGACGUGGAAGUCAAUUGGGCUCAGACGUUUCAGGUCAGUCCCUUCGAUCUCAAUGCCAUGCGCUCCGAUUGGAUCGAUCUUAAGUGUAAUGUGUCUGGGAACCUGCUGCUCAGCAAGUCGGAUGCUUUAUCUGUUGUGGACGCUUUCAUGAAGAAACUUGACAAGAAAUAUCCAAGGAAGUUCUCUCUAGAUCGUAUAGUGAACGUCGAGAAGAGGUCUGAUUAUCCUCGGGCCAGUCGAUAUCUACUGGAACUAGACCUGCUGGAAGAUUCAGGACAGCACCUGCGUCUAGCUCAGUAUGUCUAUUUGAAAAGAACCAAUGAGUGGGGUUAUCGCAAACAAAACAGUCAUGACGCUGAACUUCAGCUCUGCAAUCCAUACGGCUUCUACUGGAACUCAGCGGCGAUGGUCCACUUCAUCAUACCAGUGAAGAAUCAGGCUCGUUGGGUACAGCAGUUUAUUUCUGAUAUGGAGGAGAUAUACCACAUCACUGGUGACCAGAACUUCAACGUCAUCAUCACUGACUAUGAAAGCACUGAUAUAGAUAUUGAACAGACACUACAAAACUCUCAAUUACCCAGUUAUCAGUACCUCCGGUUGAGUGGAAACUUUGAGAGAUCUGCUGGGCUGCAGGCUGGAAUAGACCUAAUUACUGAUGAUCACAGUAUUGUGUUUCUCUGUGAUCUGCACCUUUAUUUUCCAACUGGCUUCAUCGAUAUUGUAAGGAAACACUGUGUGGAGGGACGCAUGGCUUUCGCGCCAAUAGUCAUGAGACUCAACUGUGGCUCUACACCGCUGGAACCUGAUGGUUAUUGGGAGGUGAAUGGCUUUGGACUGCUGGGCAUCUAUAAAUCAGACCUGGACUCUAUUGGGGGCAUGAACACCAAAGAAUUCACUGACCGCUGGGGUGGAGAGGACUGGGAGCUACUGGACAGGAUCCUACAGGGAGGUUUGGAGGUGGAUCGAAUCUAUCUGAGAAACUUCUUCCAUCACUUUCACUCAAAGAGAGGAAUGUGGAACCGGCAGAUGCUGCGCAACACGUAACCGUGCCAAUGGUCUCGCCACCUCUGAGCAGCCAUGGGACUUUAAACGGCAACUGGCAGGUGACUCGACAUUGGGUGCGCCUCUUCGAGGCAUAGGUCAACGGCAUCCAUCAUCACAACUCUUUGAGGGUGAUUUUAAGGUGAUGAGUGGGGAAUAAUGCAGAGCGACAUAUCCUGACCUCUCCGGCUGCUAUUGGUUAAUUCCCAGGUAUGGCGUUUGACUCCAAUAAACACUCCUGCUUCUUUUGUUCGGUUUCUAAGGACAUCAAGGACACAACUUAACUGCUCAAAGGCAAUUUAGGAAAAACUGGAGAUGCAGUACAGGUCAGUGGCUUCCUCCUUUUUGGCCGUAGCGUCAUCGUUAAUGAAGUGUUUUUUGUUGUUGUUGUUGUUAUCACUUCCAGGUCAAUCAUUUGUGUGCCUAAGAUUCUGUUCCAACAGACAGAAAUGUGAUGUUAAAUGUUAUAUGUACAAAAUGAGAAAAUGUUCUGUUUUAUAAUGUCUGACCUCCACAGCAUUGAAAGAUGGUCAAACUAAACGGAUGUGCAAUAUAACUAGAGGAAAAGAGCCGUUUGGUCCGUAUAUUUGACUACCGGUUGUUCUAAGCUGGUUUGACAGUCUGAUAUUAUACAACACUGUUCUGUCAGAAACAGAUCCAGGUCAUAUUUCACUCCAAAAUCAAAAGAAAGAAAUAAGAAAUUAAGAAAUUA